AUGCCUCUUAAUAUUGAUCUAAACACUCCAUAUAUUGAUCAUGAAAUGAUGGAAUGCAACAUAGCACCAUCCAUUAAUCUAAAUGAUCCUUCUUCAAGUAAUUUUAACUUGUCUUUUAAGGACCUACAUGGUAGUUCAUCAAAUGAAGAAUACAUGGAAGAAGCUAAUAUGUUCAAUUGUGAAAAUGAUUUUGAACAUGGUUUUUUUAAUAUUAAUGAGGACAUUGAUGUUGAUGCUUUAUAUUCAAAUGAAGUUCAUGUCAUGGAAGAAGAGAGUGAAUUUAUUCCAAAUGAAGAAGAUGGAGAGGAGACUGAAUUUAAUCAAUAUGAAAGUGAUGGAGAAACUGAAAUGUCCACAAUAGUUCAACAUGAACCUGAAACUUUUAAGAAAAAAAGAUCAUUUUUAAACAAUGAUCAACGGAAAAUAAUUGCUCAAUUAUUGAUAAAGAAUAGUUGUGGUGGAAAACUAAAAUCCGGAACUGUUAUAUGGUUGGCAUCCAAAUACUCGGUAUCCAUCGAUGUUAUUUAUCGAAUUUGGAAGCAAGUAUCUCAAACAGGAUGGGACUUUGCGUCGGCAUUCAAAUGCUCUAAAGCCACAAAUGAAAGAUAG